GUCCCUCGGUUUCUUGCAUAAUACCCCAACCCAAAAGAAAAAGCGUACACACCUUUUUUAAUCUAUAAAUAUUAUAUCGUCUGAAACCUUCUUCUGCGAUAGUAUUCUCCCGUUUCAGUUUUCUUUCAAGCCUACAGUCGGCUUUUUACUCUCAGUUUACCUAAACAAUCACAGUUGAGUUGUGAGUGCUAUCAUUUUUUUUUGGGAAGCAUAAGAAAUUUGCAAGGAUGUUGAGAAUGGGCGAAAAAGAGCAUACAAAGGAGAAUGCCCUAGCAAACCACGUGGGUCACCCGCUUACAGGCAGGGCUGACGCUUUUACUCUUCUCAAAACACCUAUUUCUCACACUCAGUAUCCUUAUGUAACUGGCUCAUCAGUCUUGGGUAUAAAGUACAAAGAUGGAGUCUUGCUAGCAGCAGACAUGGGAGGAUCAUAUGGAUCUACACUGCGUUACAAGAGUCUUGAGAGACUGAAGCCUAUAGGAAAGCAUUCUCUCUUAGGUGCUGGAGGAGAAAUCAGUGACUUCCAGGAGAUAGUGCAUUCUCUUGAUGAACUCAUACUCUAUGACAACAUGUGGGAUGAUGGAAAUUCUUUGGGUCCCAAAGAAGUACACAACUAUCUGAAUAGGUUGAUGUAUAAUAGGAGAAAUAAAUUUAAUCCUCUAUGGAACACAAUUGUUUUGGGUGGAGUCAAGAAUGGCCAAAAGUACCUGGGCACGGUGAAUAUGAUAGGUGUCCACUAUGAGGAGAGCCAUAUUGCCACUGGAUUUGGGAAUCAUCUUGCUAGACCAAUCUUUCGUGAUGAAUGGAAAGAAAAUAUGACCUUUGAAGAAGGUGUCAAGCUUCUAGAGAAAUGCAUGCUUGUGCUUCUGUAUCGUGAUCGCUCAGCUGUCAACAAAUUACAGAUAGCUAAGAUUACAGAAGGAGGAGCUACCAUUUCUGAACCUUAUGCAUUGAAAACAUCCUGGGAGCUUAGUGCAUUUAAAAAUCCAACCGCAGGAGCUGAAGGUUCGUGGUAACUAGAGACAUGGCCAUGCAGUUGUUUCACUUGGUGAGGCAAAAAGUUCAUGUGGCUUGUCUGGAAAUGAUAUGCCAAUUUAGUAGCAUGAAUUGUCCCCUUUUUCAGAAUCUUAAUGAGUUAUUUCAAGAAUUAGCGCACUGUUGAUUAUCUAGUGCUUAUUGACUUAUAGUUUUUUAUUUAAAUCUUGAAGGCAUUGUGAAAGAUAAUGGAUUAGGUAUGGUCAACUUUACAGUCAUUUGUUUAUCUUGAGAAAGCAUCUUUUGAAGCAUAUUUUGCUGCUGUUAAAUUAUUUGCACAUUGAAGUAUUCAUAUUUUCUACAUUUUUGAUAAUAUUUGAAUGUUUAAGUUAUUUAGCAUUUCAAGCCACAAUUAUUCUUA